AUGACAGAGACUGUUCAUGUCGAGCUUGACCUUUCAGGCUCUGACCUCUUCUACGAGACGGGGGAUCACCUUGGGGCCUGGCCUACAAAUCCGCAGGCCGAAGUCGAGCGUUUCUUGCAAAAGUUUGGACUGUGGGAAAAGCGCAAGACGGUCAUCUCGAUCCACAGAAGAGAGGGCGGCUUCUCAUCACAAACACCAUUUCCGUCUAUCAUUUCUGUGGAGGAUCUUGCUCUUUACCAUCUCGACAUAUGCGGACCUGCCUCUCGUCAGUCGCUAUCUGUCAUGGUCGACUUUGUGGCUGAUGAGACCCAACGCACUGCUCUCAAGCAACUUGGAGCAGACAAGAGCCAGUUCUUGAAGCUAACAGAAUGCAAGUACUUCAACACGGCUCUGCUCUUGGAGCACCUCUUCCCUGGCGGUGAAGCUGUGACGGUGCCACUUGCAGUCCUGCUCGAGUGCGUGCCCAAGCUUCAACCCAGGUUCUACUCAAUAUCAUCUUCCGCCACCGCAGAGAGGCAAAAACCCACUAUCACGGUCUCGGCGCAGUCACUUCCCGUUCCUGGAACCUCACGUCGUUUUCUCGGCGUGGCAUCCAACUUCAUCUUUGGCUCUAGUCAAGCCAGAGUGUCCCUCGUCCCUAGAGCUAAGAUCUUGCCUUCCAAUACCGAGGGCGAAUGUCUUCCAACCCUCCCAGUUUUCGUCCGCACCUCGAGCUUCAGGCUUCCAGAGGAUCUGUCUGUCCCCGUAUUGAUGAUUGGCCCCGGCACAGGUGUCGCACCGUUCCGUGGAUUCAUCAGAGAAAGGGUAGAGCAGAAACGACAGGGCCAGGAAAUCGGAACUCUCACGCUAUUUUAUAGCUGUCGCGGAGCAGAUGAGGACUUUUUAUAUAAGGAAGAGUGGUCGGCAUACCGGGAUGAACUUGGCGACAAGUUCCAAAUGCACGAGGCGGUGACUCGCGUUAUUCGCAACAACGGGGCCGUAUACGUCUGUGGCGAUGUACGCAUGGGCAAGGGUGUGUGUUCCACCCUCCGCGACAUUCUGAUCAAGGGAGAGGGGAUCUCGGAAGAUGAAGCCGAAGACAGGCUGAGGGACAUGAAGCAGUCUCGUUUCUAUCAUGAGGACGUUUGGUGA